UCCCUCCUGACAAAACUAACAAAAAUCCUGUUAGCUAAUAAUCAGCCACAUUCAUAUUUACUGUCAAAGCUUUUAUCCUCAUUUUACAGCAGCGGAGAGCGAUUGCCCUGGGUCCCACAUUAGGAAGAGAGAGAACUGGGAUUUAUACCCAGGCAGUCUGGGGACACAGCUGUGACCACAACUCUAUGAGUCAGGGCCGAGCCAGCCCCUUCACCACCAGCUGACCGCGCCCGGGAAGGGAAGUUUGGGGCGGAGGAGGUUCCUACGGGAGGAGGGGGAGGUGCCCACGCAUCUGGGGCUGACUCGCUCUUUCGCAAAACGUCUGGGAGGAGCCCCUGGGGCCACAAAACUGCCUCCUUCCUGAGGCCAGGAGAGAAGUGCAGGGACCCCGCGCACGGGAGCUGCCCUCGCGACAUGGGUCACCCGCUGCUGCUGCCACUGCUGCUGCUGCUCCACAUCUGCGUCCCAGCCUCUUGGGGCCUGCGGUGCAUGCAAUGUAAGAGCAACGGCGAUUGCCGGGUAGAAGAGUGCGCCCUAGGACAGGACCUCUGCAGGACCACGAUCGUGCGCAUGUGGGAAGAAGGGGAAGAGCUGGAGCUGGUGGAGAAAAGCUGUACCCACUCAGAGAAGACCAACAGGACCAUGAGCUAUCGGACUGGCUUGAAGAUCACCAGCCUUACCGAGGUUGUGUGUGGGUUAGACUUGUGCAACCAGGGCAACUCUGGCCGGGCUGUCACCUUUUCCCGAAGCCGUUACCUUGAAUGCAUUUCCUGUGGCUCAUCAGACAUGAGCUGUGAGAGGGGCCGGCACCAGAGCCUGCAAUGCCGCAGCCCUGAAGAACAGUGCCUGGAUAUGGUGACCCACUGGAUCCAGGAGGGUGAAGAAGUCCUGGAGCUUGAAAAUCUGCCACAGAAUGGCCACCAGUGUUACAGCUGCAAGGGGAACAGCACCCAUGGAUGCUCCUCUGAAGAGACUUUCCUCAUUGACUGCCGAGGCCCCAUGAAUCAAUGUCUGGUAGCCACCGGCACUUACGAACCGAAAAACCAAAGCUAUAUGGUAAGAGGCUGUGUAACCGCCUCAAUGUGCCAACGUGCCCACCUGGGUGACGCCUUCAGCAUGAACCACAUCAAUGUCUCCUGCUGUACUGAAAGUGGCUGUAACCACCCAGACCUGGAUGUCCAGUACCGCAAGGGGGCUGCUCCCCAGCCUGGCCCUGCCCAUCUCAGCCUCACCAUCACUCUGUUAAUGACUGCCAGACUGUGGGGAGGCACUCUCCUCUGGACCUAAACCUGAAACCCCCCUCUCUGCCCUGGCUGGAUCCAGGGAACCCCUUGCCCUUCCCUUGGCUCCAGCCCUACAGACUUGCUGUGUGACCUCAGGCCAGUGUGCUGACCUCUCUGAGCCUCAGUUUUGCCAGCUGUGAAAACACCUAUCACAAAGUUGUGUGAAGCAGAAGACAAAAGCUGGAGGAAGGCCAUGGGCCAAUGGGAGAGCUCUUGUUAUUAUUAAUAUUGUUGCCGCUGUUGUGUUGUCAUUGUUAUUAAUUAAUAUUCAUAUUAUUUAUUUUAUACUUAAAUAAAGAUUUUGUAUCAGUGAACAA